AUGCACAUUACGCUUCUGUUACUUUUCUUUCUCCUUCCUGAUCCAAUAACUGGUAGCCAAGAGUUCGCCAGGUGAUACACAUAACCUUUUCUACUUUUUUUCUACUCAAACGCUUCCACCAGAUGCCCUGCGCUGACCCAUAUUCGAUGCUCAGAUGGAUUGACUUGCAUCCGGAAGUCUUGGAUGUGCGAUGGAAAGAUAGACUGUCCCGAUCACAGUGACGAAUUGUCUCAUGUCUGUCUGAAGAGGCCGAGGGUCAAUGAUUUGGUAUCAGCGACGUCAGAAAUCUCUGAUGUUGUGAUUCGUUUCCAGCAACUUCAACAUAUCGCCUCUUCCCUGAAAUGCCCUCCCUCCUGGUUCAGAUGUUCGGAUUCCAGUUCCUGUUUGGCUCCCCACAAAGUGUGCGACAAGUACAAAGACUGCAGGUAUCCAUUCGAGACAUAUGUGAAAUGUGAAAGGGGUUUGCAGAGACGGAAGCGACGAACGCGAGAACUGCAACCGGCCUCUUCGGGCGCCCAACACGACCGUCGUCUACUAA